AUGGCAUCAUCAACAAAUUCAGUUUUCUCAUAUACAACAAGUCAAAUUCCAGUUUUCAAUGGUGAACACUAUGAUUACUGGAGUUCACAAAUGGAGACCAUCUUCCUUUCUCAAGAUCUAUGGGAUGUGGUUGAAGAAAAGAUUAUCCAACAAGGAGUAAACAAAGCCAUUUAUCCCAGAAUCUUUGGUAUUAAAAAAGCCAAAGAGGCAUGGGAAACACUGAAGACUGAAUUUCAAGGAUCAACAAAGGUGAUUGCUAUCAAGUUGCAGUACCUGUGGAGUGAAUUUGAAAAUCUCACAAUGAAAGAAGGUGAGAAAGUCAAAGAAUUUUUCUCAAAGGUGGCUGGAAAAACCAAUCAAAUAAAAAGUUGUGGAGAUGAUGUAUCUGAAAAGAAACUGGUUGAGAAGAUUCUUCAGAGUCUUCCUAAAAAAUUUGAACACAUUGUUGCUGUUAUUGAAGAAACAAAAGAUCUCUCAAAGCUCACUCAAUAUGAGCUUAUGGGGUCUUUAGAAGCUCAUGAACAAAGGGUGAACAAAUACAACAACCAGCCAUCAGAGCAAGUCUUUCAAGCAAAGCAGAACUUCAAAAAUUCUAAAUCACAGCAAGGAGGUCAAUAUUGUGGACAACCUUCCAGCAGAGGUCGUGGUGGCAGACAAUUUGAAAGCAGUGACAGAGGAAGAGGAAAAAGAGAUUCUUACUGCUAUGUUUGUAAGAAAUCUAGUCAUGAAUCUGAGAAUUGUCGUUACAAAUGCACUAGGUGCAAAAUUCCUAAUCAUUCUGAUAGGGAUUGUUGGCAUAAAAGGGAAAAUGAUGGCAAAAAAAAUGCUAUUAAUUAUUCUGCAGAAGAUGAAACAUAUAAGUUGUUCUUGUCUGUGACUGAUGAUAUAAAAUCUAGUGAGAAAUGGUAUUUAGAUAGUGGUUGCAACAAUCAUAUAACUGGAAACCAAAAUGCAUUUGAAGUUUUGGAUAAAAAUUUAUCAUCUAUGGUUGAACUUGGUGAUGGGAAGGAAGUGAAGAUUCAAGGAAAAGGUGCCAUAGCAAUCCACACAAGUGAAGGUAGCAAAAAAGUCAUUGAUGAUGUUCAUUAUUCUCCUAAUAUUUCUCAAAAUCUUUUGAGUGUUGGACAAAUCAUGAGAAAAGGUUACAAGCUGAUUUUUGAUGAUGAUAAAUGUGAGAUUUUUGAUAAAAUAUCUUGA